UGCUCCGCCUUCUCUGACUGAGUCAUAACCACCCCUCUCUCCGAGUCACCACGAUGCCUACUUCAAUACACUACAUCUACUCUUACUAAUUUUCUAGGGCUUUACAAAAUUCACAAUCAAACAACUAUACACACAACAAGAUGAUGAUAUCUCGAGGUUUGUUCGGGUGGUCCCCACCGCACGUACAGCCGUUGACGCCGGUUUCGGAAGUGUCGGAGCCGCCGGAAUCUCCGUCGCCGUACUUAGAGACCGGCACCGAUGCGGUGGCGGCGGAAGUGGAAGAGACGGAUGACGAGGAGGAGAUCGAGCAGCCGCCGGAGGCGGUGGCGUUCUCGAGAUUGUUCGCGUGUGCGGAUAAGCUUGAUUGGAUGCUUAUGGUUGUUGGAUCGGUUGCUGCGGCAGCUCACGGCACGGCGUUGGUUGUGUAUUUGCAUUAUUUUGCGAAGAUUGUUCAUUUGUUGGCGCACGAAGGCGAUACACCGGACGAGUUGUUUGAUAGGUUCACCGAUCUUUCUUUGACUAUUGUUUAUAUUGCUGGUGGUGUUUUCGUUGCUGGUUGGAUUGAGGUAUCAUGUUGGAUACUUACCGGAGAACGUCAGACUGCUGUGAUAAGAUCAAAAUAUGUUCAUGUGUUGCUUAAUCAAGACAUGACUUUUUUCGAUACCUAUGGGAAUAAUGGAGACAUUGUGAGCCAAGUACUAAAUGAUGUAUUGCUCAUUCAGUCUGCUCUUAGUGAAAAAGUCGGGAAUUACAUUCAUAACAUGGCUACCUUUGUCAGUGGUCUUGUAAUUGGAUUUAUCAACUGCUGGCAGAUAGCCCUUAUUACUUUUGCUGCUGGCCCGUUCAUUGUUGCAGCAGGAGGUGUGUCAAAUAUUUUCUUGCAUAGACUUGCGGAGAAUAUUCAGGAUGCAUAUGCUGAAGCAGCAAGUAUUGCGGAACAGGCUGUCUCGUACAUUAGAACUUUGUAUGCAUUCACAAAUGAAACUUUAGCAAAGUAUUCUUAUGCAACUUCUCUACAAGCGACAUUAAGGUAUGGAAUAUUGAUAAGUCUUGUGCAAGGGCUUGGACUAGGAUUCACUUACGGGCUUGCUAUUUGUUCUUGUGCCUUGCAACUUUGGGUCGGAAGGUUUUUGAUUACACAUAAGAAAGCUCAUGGUGGCGAAAUAGUAGCAGCAUUAUUUGCAGUGAUUUUAAGUGGCCUUGGGCUGAAUCAAGCUGCUACAAACUUCUAUUCAUUUGAGCAAGGUAGAAUAGCAGCUUACAGACUUUUUGAGAUGAUUAGCCGCUCAUCAUCCACAGUCAACCAUGAUGGGAAUACAAUUGCUUCUGUACAAGGAAACAUUGAGUUUCGAAAUGUAUAUUUCAGCUAUUUGUCUCGCCCUGAAAUUCCCAUAUUGAGUGGGUUUUACCUCACAGUUCCUGCUAAAAAAACUGUCGCACUUGUUGGAAGAAAUGGAUCUGGAAAAAGCAGUAUCAUACCACUCAUGGAACGGUUCUAUGAUCCUACAUUAGGAGAAGUCCUUUUGGAUGGAGAAAAUAUCAAGAAUCUGAAACUGGAAUGGCUGAGAAGCCAGGUUGGUUUAGUGACUCAGGAGCCUGCUUUGCUUAGUUUGAGUAUCAGAGACAAUAUUGCGUACGGAAGAGAUGCUACCUUGGAUCAGAUAGAAGAAGCAGCUAAAACAGCACAUGCUCAUACAUUUAUCAGCUCACUUCCGAUGGGAUAUGAGACGCAGGUGGGCAGGGCUGGUUUGGCUUUGACUGAAGAACAGAAAAUCAAACUUUCUGUUGCUAGGGCAGUACUUUCAAAUCCAUCAAUUCUUCUUUUAGAUGAGGUUACUGGUGGUCUUGAUUUUGAAGCUGAAAAAUCUGUUCAGGAGGCUUUAGAUCUUCUCAUGUUAGGGCGAUCAACUAUAAUAAUAGCUCGACGCCUUAGUCUGAUAAAGAAUGCUGAUUACAUUGCUGUGAUGGAUGAAGGUCAACUACUCGAAAUGGGAACACAUGAUGAGUUAAUAGCCCUGGAUCGUUUAUAUGCUGAACUUUUGAAAUCCGAAGAAGCAGCAAAACUGCCAAGAAGGAUGCCGAAGCAAAAAUACAAGGAAGCUUCAGCUUUCCAAAUUGAGAAAGAUUCCUCAGCAAGUCGUAGCUUUCAAGAACCAUCUUCACCCAAGAUGGCUAAAUCACCAUCUCUGCAGAGAGGUUCUGCAAUCCAUGCAAUUCGACCCCCAGAUGGUACAUUUAGCCCUCAUGAAUCACCAAGAACUCAGAGCCCUCCCCCAGAGCAAAUGAUUGAGAAUGGCGUGGUACAGGAUGCCACGGACAAGGAACCAUCUAUAAAGCGACAAGAUAGCUUCGAAUCGAAACUGCCAGACUUGCCAAAGAUUGAUGUUCGUUCAGCACAUCAACAAGUAUCCAGUGCAUCUAAUCCCGAGUCUCCUGUUUCACCACUUUUGACAUCUGAUCCGCAUGAGCGUUCCCAUUCACAAACCUUUAGUCGACCACCUAGUGAAUCUGAUGAAAUGUCAAUGGAACUGAAUGAAGCAAAAAAGUCAGAACAUGGAAAACCACCAUCCUUUUGGAGGCUUGUAGAGCUUAGCUUAGCCGAAUGGCUUUAUGCUGUUUUAGGAAGCACUGGUGCAGCCAUCUUUGGCUCCUUUAAUCCUCUUCUGGCAUAUGUUAUUGCACUUAUAGUGACGGCAUAUUACAGAAAUGACAACCAUAAUAUACGGCAUGAAGUAGACAAAUGGUGCUUAAUUAUUGCCUGCAUGGGUAUUGUAACAGUGGUGGCCAAUUUUCUUCAGCACUUUUACUUUGGUAUAAUGGGUGAGAAAAUGACAGAGAGAGUUAGGAGAAUGAUGUUUUCAGCAAUGCUUCACAAUGAAGUUGGAUGGUUUGAUGAAGAGGAGAAUAGUGCCGAUACCUUGUCCAUGCGCCUGGCAAAUGAUGCUACAUUUGUUAGAGCUGCUUUUAGCAACCGCCUUUCCAUAUUCAUACAAGACAGUGCAGCUAUUAUUGUAGCUGUUAUAAUUGGUAUGAUACUUCAGUGGCGAUUGGCUCUUGUUGCUCUGGGUACUCUGCCGAUUCUUACUAUUUCGGCUAUUGCACAGAAAUUGUGGCUUGCUGGAUUCUCUAAAGGCAUACAGGAAAUGCAUAGAAAGGCCUCACUGGUACUGGAAGAUGCAGUCAGAAAUAUCUACACUGUUGUGGCAUUUUGUGCUGGUGACAAGGUAAUGGAACUUUACCGGAUGCAGCUAAGGAAAAUAUUCAAACAGAGCUUCUUUCAUGGGAUGGCUAUUGGAUUUGCUUUUGGGCUUUCACAGUUUCUCCUUUUUGCCUGCAAUGCUGCUCUUCUAUGGUUCACAGCACUUUCUGUUAAAAGAAAUUACACGGAUCUUCCAACGGCUCUCAAGGAAUACAUGGUUUUCUCUUUUGCUACAUUCGCGCUUGUAGAACCUUUUGGCUUGGCUCCAUAUAUACUUAAAAGACGAAAGUCUUUGAUAUCCGUAUUUGAAAUAAUUGAUCGAGUUCCUAAGAUAGACCCAGACGAUAAUGCAUCGAUGAAACCUCCAAAUGUCUAUGGAAGCCUCGAAUUGAAGAAUGUUGAUUUUUCUUAUCCCACUCGACCAGAAGUUCUGGUGUUGAGUAAUUUCAGCCUCAAAGUAAAUGGCGGGCAAACAGUUGCAGUGGUUGGAGUUUCAGGAUCUGGAAAGAGUACAAUACUUUCUUUAAUUGAAAGAUUUUAUGAUCCAGUUGCUGGUCAGGUUUUUUUAGAUGGUCGAGAUUUAAAGUUAUACAACUUGAGAUGGUUGAGGAAUCAUCUUGGUGUUGUUCAACAAGAACCGAUUAUCUUUUCAACAACAAUUAGGGAAAAUAUCAUAUAUGCGAGGCACAAUGCCAGUGAAGCUGAGAUGAAAGAAGCUGCCAGAAUAGCCAAUGCUCAUCAUUUCAUCAGCAGUUUACCUCAUGGUUAUGACACUCAUGUUGGAAUGAGGGGUGUGGAUCUAACUCCUGGACAGAAACAAAGAAUUGCAAUUGCUCGUGUAGUGUUGAAGAAUGCUCCCAUUUUGUUACUGGAUGAGGCGAGCUCGUCGAUUGAGUCUGAGUCAAGCCGAGUGGUCCAAGAGGCUCUUGAUACGUUAGUCAUGGGGAACAAAACAACUAUUCUGAUUGCCCAUAGAGCUGCAAUGAUGAGACAUGUUGACACCAUUGUUGUACUCAAUGGAGGAAAGAUUAUCGAGGAAGGAAGCCAUGACACAUUGAUGGCAAAGAAUGGGUUGUAUGUUCGGUUGAUUCAACCUCAUUAUGGGAAGGGAAUCCGUCAGCAUAGGAUCAUCUAGGUAGGCCUUGGGGAUUGCAAUAUCUAUCUAUCUAUUGGCCUUCACAAUAUCGACUAUCUUACUGCUGAGGACGACGGACCUUCCACUUCACCAAAGUGAAUGAGAAUGACCCAGUAUUGGUUUGUUUCAUUUUAAUUGGACGCUGACCUGGUGGUGGCUGACAUUAUCCUGGCUGAUGAGACACUUAUCUGGUGCAAACUAACAGCAUGAUUUUUCGGGAGAGGCUUGUACAUCAGAUGCACAGGCCUUCUAGCUAGAUGUAUAUUCUUUCGGGGGAGCACUGUAUGUAAAAUUGUGCUUUUCUCCACAUAUAUAUAUCAUAUAUGUAUAUCAAUUUGUUAAUUAUAGUAAAUGAGUUAGCUGUAGUAUUCUGAGGAGUUGUUUUUGCAGUGUGUUCGUGUCCCUUAGAUUCUGCAUGUACAAUGUCAUUUCAAAUUGUUAGAAGUAGGAGUGGUGUAUAGAAGAGAGAGUGCAAAAGUAUGAUGUGCGGUUUGUACAUAAAGAGAACUUAUUUUUAGGCUUCUGUUUACUUGUA